UGUAGACCACACCUCUCGCGCGGGGUGUGCUGUGCUACCCUGCCGUCCUCCUAUACACGGACCUGGACAUCAUAACAAUCGCUGACAGUCUGCGUGUGGGCCUUAAUCUAAACUAUUAUCAGCCCUGCUGUGGUGUGUGCAUGCAGCAUAAUGGAGCAGGCGAAACAAACGGAGAACCGCCUCCGCUUUCCUUUAGCGCAGCAGCUCCGCUCCAAAUGGCAACAUCACGGGUGAGGAGGUUCGCGCAGGAGGGGCGGACAGUCCCUCCUCAGCCGAGAGUGAUGGUGGUGUUUUCGGCUGCGAGUGACACUGAUAAACAGGGAGAUGCGAUGUCGGGUGCGGACACCGGGGAAGAGGAGUAUCGCAAACCAGCCAUACCCGUCCCUAAUCUUAAUCUAGGGAAGACCCUUCGCACCUUAGACGCACCUGAGGAGUUUCCUGAGGUCAUCCCCCUAAAUGUAGGAGGAACAUAUUUCACCACCCGGCUGUCCACUCUGCGCCGUUAUGAGGACACUAUGCUGGCUGCCAUGUUUAGUGGCCGCCACCAAAUUCCCCGGGAUGCAGAGGGACGAUAUUUCAUCGACCGUGACGGAGCAUAUUUUGGGGAUAUUCUGAAUUUCUUGCGAGAGGGUGAGCUGCCUCAGAGGGACCGUGUGCGUGCGGUGCACAGAGAAGCUCAGUAUUACGCUAUCGGGCCUCUUUUGGAAAGCCUGGAAGACACGCAGCCACUUACCGGAGAGAAAGUGCGACAGGCUUUUCUUGAUCUCUUGCCCUAUUAUAAAGAAAAUCUUGAGCGCAUUGUGGAGAUCGCAAAGCUUCGUGCCAUGCAGCGGAAGGCUCGCUUUGCGAAGCUGAAGAUCUGCGUGUACAAGGAGGAGAUGCCCAUCACCCCUUAUGAAAGGCCGCUGUUCAAUUCGCUGCGGUUUGAGCGUUCAGAGAGUGAGGCCAAGCUGUUUGAGCACCAUUGUGAGGUUGACGUGUCCUUUGGGCCCUGGGAGGCAGUGGCUGAUGUUUAUGACCUUCUUCACUGCAUAGUGAGUGACCUGGCAGAUCGUGGCAUCUCUGCUGACCAGCAAUGCAUCGGCGUGUGUGACAAACACCUCAUCAACCACUACUACUGCAAAAGGCCCAUCUAUGAGUUUAAAAUCACCUGGUGGUGAAGGUGAGGUGUUUUGCCAAGUGCACAAGGUCUGAGCAAGUGAUGUUUGCUGCUGUCUACAGUUACAAUGAACCAGCAAGAUCAUGGAAUCCUAUUCAAAAUGAGUGGAAAUAAUAAUGACAAGCUUUUGAAUAAGAUGGCUGUUAUUGUGGCAAUUGCUCUUUUGUUUCUUCAUGAAACUGCAGUUUGCAACCCGAAAUUUCCUUUAUGGGCAGCUCUAUUGAUUCCUUAGUUUUUGUAAGUAAUUGUUUAACUUAGAAUGAACCCAGAAUUGUUCCAUCCAGUUGUAGUUUUAAAGGGGUUUUCUGGAAUUGUCCUCAGAGGAAGUGAAUUUAUGUGAAACAGUGUUUCCUAUUCUAAUUAUUACGACAUCUCUGCAAAUAUGUUUCUGUGUCAGAUGUAAUGAAUGUAUUAAGUGUUGGAUCAAAGAAUCAAUCAACUGGACUCACAUUAGGAAAUUGGACGUUUGUCAUUGCUUGUGAUGUAUUUCUUAAGAAGGAAACCCUUUUCCCCCUACAGUAUUUUAAAAUGAUUUUACCCCAAUUGUUUAACCACUUAUAGAUGUAGGACCUGAUCUAUAUUAUGUUGCCAAUAAUAAGCACUACAGAUCAUACAGAUACUGACUUUAACUAGAAUAGAAAGGUCUCAUCUGGUAUUUAAAACCACCCAAAGCUUCACAAAAAGCCUUCUAAAAUAACCAUACACCACUAGGCAAGAAUACAAUUUUUGAUUUAUGUAAAUAAAUAAAUAAAAACCUUCUCAAAAACUGUAUUUUUUAGAAUAAGUUUAUGUACUACGUUGAAAAUGAAAUGCCCUGAAUGUGAAUCAAAAGAAGUAUAUAUUUAAAAUUAUACUAAAAGACUGUUAGCCACCUUAUUGCAGGUUAGAUUGCCUAUUUUGCUACUUUGACACUUUAUGAAAUUAUUUUCUGCUGCCAGUAGCUUUUGUCCAUGCUUUUAAUUGCCAUAACCCUCAACAAUUGCAUAUGAUUUAGCAGUAUUUGUUAAUUUAGUCAUCUGAAACCUCUCUCUCAUUGGUUUGCUGUGAGAGCUGUGAAGGCCAUAUGAAGUUGCAUGAGCUCUCUGUGUUUUGGCAGCAGAAUAUUUACUACGAGAUAAAAACGCAUCUGAUAAUCCUAACUGGCUUUGCCCAGUUUACUUUAUGUUGCUCAAGUCUAAACCGAUGCAUAUUUGUUCUCUGUUGUAUAUUUGGUGAAUACUGUUUGAAUUGCAUUAUUGUACUGGCUCUUAUUGUGCUGAUAAUAAACCAUAUAUUUUGCAAUUUA